GUGAUAUUAAUCUUCUUUCUUUUCAGUUACAAAGAGAAUAUUUUUAAAAGUAAAAUACGUCUAAUAUUCUAAUAUUAGUGUAAAUAACACGAAUAAGUACUUAGAUAUUUUAUUUAUUUUACAAAUCCUUAUGUAAUCAUUUAUUUUUACAUUUAUACAACCAGUAUUUUGGUUAGUGGGUGGAUCCAAGAUGAUAAUGCAUACUAAAGAAAUAUAUUAUUUUAAAUUACAAACAACAAAAUAAUGAAUCAUUGGAAAUAUCAUAAUCAAAUACUAAUAAAUAAAUUACAAUGUUAUUUGGAAUUUUCAAGAACGAUCCCGAUUCUGUAACGAAUUGGAAUAAAGGUCAAAAUAGACAUCUUCUGGGCGUCACCAGCCAUCUGUCUUUCCAGAGAAGGGGUAGCAAAUUGCAUAAAGAACACAGGAUUUGAGCAAACAACUAAAAAUGGACUUCGUAAUCGGUGGGUUGGCUGGCGCAGGCGCCACUGUUAUAACGAACCCUAUGGACGUGGUGAAGACGCGGCUGCAGUUGCAAGGGGAGAUGCGCGCGCGCAAGGAUACCAGCGCGCAGUACCGAGGCACCUUGCACGCGCUCUACGUCAUCGCGCGGACGGAUGGUGCAUUUGCGCUGCAGAGAGGACUCACGCCCGCUGUCUUGUUGGGGUUCACUAUGAACGGUAUCAGAUUAGGCCUGUACCACAUGGCAGAUGAAAGGGGGUGGAUUCGGAACAGAAAAGGCGUAAUCAGUGUAUACAAGGCUGCAUUCUGGGCUGGUGUGAGCGGGUACGUGGGUGCUAUGGUCUCCAACCCAUUGUGCGUGAUAAAAACCAGGAUACAGGCGACAUCCCAUCCUAGUAUUGCUGUGGGGAGGCAGCAUAGGUAUAAUGGCAUGAUGGAUGCCAUCUCCACCAUCUAUAAGACCGAGGGUGUCCGUGGCUUCUUCGCUGGCGUCAACGCGAUUUGCAUACGUCUCGCCAUCGGCAGCGCCGCGCAACUUACGACAUUCUCUGCCACAAAAGAAAAACUAAUCAACCACAACAUUUGCGACAAGAAUUCUCCGUUCGCCCUGGCUUUCUUAGCGAGCUGCAUCAGUGGAAUCGCCGUGGCUCUUACUGUAUGCCCUUUGGAUGUCGCCACAGUUCGGCUUUACAACCAAGGCGCAGCUACAAGCAGUGGUCUUCUUUACAACGGACUUUUCGACUGUCUUCGCAAGAUCUACAAGACAGAAGGUCUCCACGGCCUCUUCAAAGGCAUCGGUCCGCUAUAUUUUAGAAUGGCACCGCACACUACUCUCUCACUAGUCAUAUGGGACGUAUUAAACCAUUACUUUGUUAAAUAA